AUGGUUACCGAUUUGAAAAGACGGGGCCAACGUGAGGUGUCCAUUCCUGAAGACAGCGACUACAUUCUGCUGUUCUGUGUAAUCUCAUCACGAGUUGGAACUGAUGUCGGCGAGGCUCUGGAAAACGCUCCACGAAGGUGAAAGGUUUGGUUGAUGCUCAUGGGGCAAACAAUUGAAUUCAGGAGUGACCGUCAAAUGAUGGUUAUUUCACCAUCUUUUUAUGCAUCUGUAUCUUACCUUUAAACUGAAGAGUAAAUUGAAUCAGUUGAUAGAUUAGUUGAUGGAUUUUUGUAUCCAGGAUGUUGAAUAUUUUGUGCUUUAAGAUUGUUCUGCCACUCCCAAGUGCUCCUAUGAGCUACAGAUCAAUAAGAAUCACUCAGCCCCCCGACUUAAAUUUCAUCCUGUACAGACUAAUUUCAGAUGUAAAAUCUCUGUGCCCCCCCUUUUGCAGGAACAUGGACCAGGAAGGACCAGCUGGUGAGUUAUGUUUUAUGUUUGAUGAUUUGGCACAUCAGAGUGAAUGAUAAAAUCAGGAGCUUAAAGAUCACAGUUGUGCAGAUAUUUAGUCAAAUAUAACAACCUCGACAACAGACUGCAGGUGUUUUAUUAGAUUGUUAACCAAAUUACACAGCAUCUUAACUGAAACUGCACUAUAUCACAACACAACAAUGUUUUUUUCUGCCCUCUUUUUACUUUCUGUUCCUGUUUCAAGAGUUAAUCUGUAUGUGUCACUUAUCUCAAUAAGAGUCUGUUGAUGUUUAACUUAAUGGUCUUGGUGAUAACAGGGGUGCUUUUUGACAGCAGGAUCCAGGAUCUAAAUUAAAAUCAACUCUAAAUAAAACUCAGAGCUGAUGCAAAGACAUAAAAAAGUCACAUUUCUUAUUUGUUUGUUUUAAUGGUAAAAUAUGUCAGAAAAUGUUGACAGUGUGGUAGUAUUGAGCUGCAUUUGAAAGACAUUUAAGUCAGUGAGCCCAAAGUCCAGUCAGCAUGAUUUAAAAUGAACUAAUUUACGUUCACUUUUUUUAGCUGCACAUAUACGUCCUCUUAUCAAAGAUAAGAACUCACCUGCAAGCUACUAUUAGGCACACUUCAUGUACUGAUCAGUUACUUUGCAAGAUUAUUCUCACUAAUGUUGGUUUCAAUGAAACAAAAACUUUCCUUUUGUCUUUAGUGAACUUGAAAAAGUUCUAUGUACACGUGUCAGGGAAACCCAGCGGGGCCCAUCUUCCCAUGGUUGACGAUUUGAAAAGAUGUGGCCAACGUGAGGUGUCCAUUCCUGAAGACAGCGACUACAUUCUGCUGUUCUGUGUAAUCUCAUCACGAGUUGGAACUGAUGUUGGCGAGGCUCUGGAAAACGCUCCACGUAGGUGACAGGUUUGGUUGAUGCUCAUGGGGCAAACAAGCUGAAUUCAACUCAGGAGUGACCGUCAAAUGAUGGUUAUUUCACCAUCUCUUUAUGCAUCUGUGUCUUACCUUUGAACUAAAGAGUAAAUUGAAUCAGUUGAUAGAUUUUUGAACCAGGAUGUUGAAUAUUUUUGUGCUUUAAGACUGUCCUGCAGCCCCCACGUGAUCAUAUGAGCUACAGAUCAGUAAGAAUCACUCAGACCCCCCAACUUAAAUUUCAUCCUGUACAGACUAAUUUCAGAUGUAAAAUCUCUGUGUUUACAGGUGGCAAAGAGGUGAUACUGGUGGUGAUGCAUCACACCUAUGAUCCUGAUUACAUCACAGCUGAGAGCAGAAGAUUGGUGGAAAACCCAAAUGUCCUCCUGGUUGUGGACUGUUACUUCCAUGAGGGACAACUGCUGCAGUGUGACCGAAAUGACAACGCAUUGUCUGACAUCAAGAAAUUCCUCAGACCCAGGGAUCCUGUCUGGGUAAAGCUGCAUUAA